AUGGCUUCGGAAACAACCCAACAAUCUUAUCCUUCUCUUCACUUUGUUCUCUUCCCUUUCAUGGCUCAAGGCCACAUGAUCCCUAUGGUCGAUAUUGCAAGGCUCCUGGCUCAACGCGGCGUGACUAUAACCAUUGUCACGACGCCUCACAAUGCAAACCGGUUCAAGAACGUUCUUAACCGAGCCAUCCAGUCCGGCUUACCCAUCAAUCUUGUGCAAUUGAAGUUUCCAUCUCAAGAAUCAGAUUCACUAUUAGGACAUGAGAAUUUAGACUUGCUCGAUUCAUUGGGGGCGAGGAUAUCCUUCUUCAAAGCAACUAGUAUGUUUGAGGAACCGGUGGAGAAGCUCUUGAAAGAGAUUGAGCCUAGGCCAAGCUGCAUAAUCGCCGACAUGUGUUUGCCUUACACGAACAAAAUCGCCAAGAACUUUGGUAUACCAAAGAUCAUCUUUCAUGGCAUGUGUUGCUUCAGUCUUCUUUGUACGCACAUCAUGCGCCAAAACUAUGAGUUUUUGGAAACUAUAAAAUCUGACAGCGAGUACUUCUCCAUUCCAAACUUUCCUGACAGAGCUGAGUUCACAAAAUCUCAGCUUCCUUUGGUCGUAGUUAAUGUUGGAGAUAGGAAAGAACUGCUUGACAGAAUGACAGAAGGGGACAACACUUCUUAUGGUGUGAUAGUCAACACGUUUGAAGAGCUCGAACCAGCUUAUGUUAGAGACUACAAGAAAGUUAAGGCAGGUAAGGUAUGGUCCAUUGGACCCGUUUCCUUGUGCAAUAAGGUAGGAGAAGAUAAAGCUGAGAGGGGAAACAAAUCAGACAUUGAUCAAAGCGAGUGCCUUAAUUGGCUUGAUUCUAAAGAAGAAGGGUCGGUGCUAUAUGUUUGCCUAGGAAGUAUAUGCAAUCUUCCUCUGUCUCAGCUCAAAGAGCUUGGACUAGGUCUCGAGGAAUCCCAAAGACCUUUCGUUUGGGUCAUAAGAGGUUGGCAAAAGUAUAGCGAGUUAUGUAAGUGGAUCUCAGAGAGCGGUUUUAAAGAAAGAAUCAAAGAAAGAGGCCUUCUCAUAAGAGGAUGGUCCCCUCAAAUGCUUAUCCUUUCACAUCCUUCCGUUGGGGGGUUCUUAACGCACUGUGGAUGGAACUCAACUCUUGAAGGAAUCACCUCGGCCGUUCCAUUGCUCACAUGGCCGCUAUUCGCAGAUCAAUUCUGUAAUGAAAAAUUGGCAGUGAAUGUACUAAAAGUUGGAGUGAGAGUUGGAGUUGAAGAUCCCAUGAGGUUGGGAGAAGAGGAGAAAAUAGGAAUAUUGGUGGAUAAAGAAGGAGUGAAAAAGGCAGUUGAAGAAUUGAUGGGUGAUAGUAACGAAGCUAGGGAGAGAAGAGAAAGAGUCAAAGAGCUUGGAGAAUUAGCUCACAAGGCUGUGGAGGAAGGAGGCUCUUCUCAUUCUAACAUCACAUUGCUCUUACAAGACAUAAUGCAACUAGCACAAAUUAAGAAUUGA